GAACCACUGUCCUGAUCAUGGACCCAGAAUGCUCCAGGCUCCUCCCGGCAGUCUGUGCUGUUCUGGCAGACCCCAGGCAGCUGGUGGCAGAUGACACCUGCUUGGAGAAACUGUUGGAUUGGUUUAAAACAGUGACAGAGACAGAGUCCAGCCUCCAACUGCUACAGGACCACCCCUGCCUAAUGGAGCUACUGUCCCAUGUGCUCAAGCCACAGGAUGUGAGCCCCAGGGUCCUCUCUUUUGCUCUACGUCUUGUUGGGAUCUUUGCAGCCCAGGAGGACUGUUUCCAGUACCUUCAGCAGGGAGAGUUGUUGCUGGGGCUCUUUGGGGAGACGGGUGCCCUCAGCUGGGCAGCCUGGAGCGUGCCCAGCGUGCGCAGUGGCUGGAUCCAGGGCCUGUGCUCCCUGGCACACCACCCCAGCGCCCUGCACUUCCUGGCUGACAGUGGUGCUGUGGACACCAUCUUCUCCUUGCAGGGAGACCCCAGCCUGUUUGUGGCCUCUGCAGCCAGCCAGCUUCUAGUACACAUCCUGGCUCUGGCCAUGCAAGGUGGGGCUUCAGGGUCCCCCAUCUCAGAAGCUGCUGCCUGGCCUGUCUGUGCCCAGAAGAUUGUGAACCAUGUGGAAGAGUCCUUGCAUUCCAAAGCCACCCCGCGGGUCACACAGGCCUUGAAUGUACUGAUCACCACCUUCGGGCGCUGCCAUAGCCCCUGGACAGGGGUCCUCUGGGAACGGUUGAGUCCCCCUGUGGCCUGCCUGUUUGAGAGAGACCCCAUUCCAGCUGUACACUCACUCAUGGACCUCCUCCUCAGCGUAGCCAGGUCUCCUGUGUUGAGUUUUGCAGCCUGUGGUCUGUGGGAGAUGCUGGCCCAGACCCUGAGCCGCCUGAGCCCCACACAAGCUGGGCCUCUAGCCCUGGGGACCCUGAAACUUCAGCACUGUCCCCAGGAACUGAGGACCCAGGCUUUUGGAGUCCUCCUCCAGCCCCUGGCCUGUAUCCUGAAAGCCACCACUCAGGCCCCUGGGCCUCCAGGCUUGCUGGAUGAGACUGCGGGCAGUGUGCUGACUGUGGACACACUCUUGUCCUCUAAGUCGGCCUGUGUGGGACUCCUCUGCCAGACUCUGGCUCACCUGGAGGAACUACAGAUGCUGCCCCAGUGCCCCUCCCCCUGGCCCCAGGUACCCCUGCUGGGAGCUGCAGUAACCAUAUUGCGCCUCUGUGAUGGCUCAGCGGACCCCAGCUCCAAUGUGGGAGGCCGUCUCUGUGGGACUCUGGGCGGCUGUGUUCGUGUCCAGCGAGCAGCCCUCGACUUCUUGGGGACACUGUCUCAGGGAACGAGCCCCCUGGAGUUGGUGCUGGAGGUAUUUGCAGUCCUCCUGAAGACCCUCGAGAGCCCAGAGUCCAGUCCCACGGUCCUGAAAAAGGCCUUCCAGGCUACACUCAGAUGGCUCCAGAACUCACACAAGACCUCCAACUGCUCUGAUCUCAGCCCCGAUGCCCUGCUGUUCCUUGCAGAGCUAUUCCCCAUACUACAGAAGCGCCUGUGCAGCCCGUGUUGGGAGGUGAGGGACUCGGCCCUGGAGUUCCUGACACAUCUGAUCCGACAUUGGGGAGGGCAGGCUGACUUCAGAGAGACACUGCAUUCCUCAGAAGUGCCCACGCUUGCCCGCCAGCUCCUCCGAGACCCCGAGAGUUACGUCCGAGCAAGUGCGGUAGGCGCUGCUGGGCAGCUCUCUAGCCGGGGUCUGCAGGCCACUCCCGCCAGCCCCGAGAACCGGCAGGCCCGGCAGGGCCUACUUAUGGACCUCAUGCAUAUCCUGUCUACGGACUCAGAGGGCUUCCCUCGGAGGGCUGUCUUACGGGUCUUUACUGAGUGGCUGAGGGAUGGCCAUGCUGAUGUGGUGCAAGACACGGAGUGGUUUGUGGCCACUGUGCUCCAGGCGGAUCAGUUUGUCUAUGGCCAGCAGGUGGAGCCGACCAGACUGACACCAGGGUGUCAGAGACCAGCACGUGGAAGCCUGGGACUGAUAACUCCAGGCUCCUCGAGGGGGAAGAAGCCAAGUUCCUAGCAACCAAAACCUUAACUCCUUCAAAGCCCAGGCCCCCGCCCCAGACCGGACCUUGCCCAGUCUGCCCCUGGGCAAAGACACAGAACUAGCUUCCUUUUGUUGUUUCACUGGAGCUCUGAGAAAGCCUUGGAUCACCUGACUCUCAACAGAGGAGGGAACAGCUUCAUUCAGAAGGAGUGUAUACGAGAUCAAAACGCCAGAUUUGCACUAUCCCCUCCCUCCUCUGGGUGUGUAGGUGUGUGUCAGAUCCCCCCCCACACACACACACACUGUAUGUGUGUGUGAAGGUCAUAGGUUGACAUCAAGGUUCUCUCUCUCUCUCUCUCUCUCUUUCUCUUCCUUCUCCUCUUCCUCCUCCACCUUUGGGUGGGUACCCACAGAAGCCAGAAGAGGGCACUGGAUCCCAUGGAACUGGAGCCAUAGGUGGUUGUAAUCUGCCUGGUGUGGGUGUUGGGCAUGAACCUCGGGCCCCUGGAAGAGCGACCAGUGCCCCUCACCACCAAUCUAGCUUCCCCACCUUGUUUUUUGAGACAGGGUCUCUCACUGAACCUGGAGUUCACCAAUUCAGCUAGACUGGCUGGCCAGUGAGCUCCUCCUGUCUCUGUCACUGCUGCACCAGAAUCACACGAGGACCAAGUUUACAGCACCUGAGCUUUUGGGGGACAUGCUUGACCACAUUCAAACCACAACACGACAAGCAUCAUCUGCUGGUACUGAUGUCCCCAAAGUCAGCGGCUUUCACUUCUCUGCACCCGCCUUGCUCUUGGCUUCCCACUGACCUCAUUCUGCCAGUCUCUUUAUUUUUAAAAUGUGUGUGCGUGUGUGCGCGUGUGCAUGCGUGCGUGCACACAAGUGCACAUGAAGUGCAAUGCCCACAGAGGUCAUCAUAUGGGGUCAUAUGUAGCUAGAGUUUUCCUGCCUGGUCCACAGUCAGGACAAAUCUCUGUCACCCGCCAGUCCCACAGCCGCUCAGACCUGACCAAGUAAACACAGAGACUUAUAUUGGUUACAAACUGUAUGGCCGUGGCAGGCUUCUUGCUAACUGUUCUUAUAGCUUAAAUUAAUCCAUUUCUAUAAAUCUAUACCUUGCCACAUAGCUCGUGACUUACUGGCAUCUUCACAUGCUGUUUCUCAUCAUGGCGGCUGGCAGUGUCUCUCUGACUCAGCCUUCCACUUCCCAGCUUUAUUCUCCUCCUUGUCCCGCCUAUACUUCCUACCUGGCCACUGGCCAAUCAGUGAUUUAUUCAUUGACCAAUCAGCAACACACUUGACAUACAGAACAUCCCACAGCAGUCAUAUUUCUUGGAGCUGGAGUUACAGGCAGCUGUGAGCCACCCAGCACGGGUGCUGGGAACCCAACUCAGGUCCUCUACAAGAACAGCUCAUGCUCUUAACCACAGAGCCAACUCUCCAGCCCUGGGACUGGAGUUACAGACAGUUCUGUGCCACCAGGUAGGUACUGGGAACCGAAAAGCAGCCAGUGCUGUCAGGCCCUGAGCCAUCUCUCCAGCCCCCGUGGGAUAUGUCUAUUUUGAGUAUGUGUAGUUCCAUGCUGUGACAGAACCCUGGGAAGAUGAGGGAGGAAAUCAGUCUAUGGUUCUUGGCCUCAUGGGCCAGAGCAUCGUGGAGGACAGUGAAAAAUGGGGCACAGCUGCUCACCUUGUGGAGGCUGGGGAGAAAGAGAUACAGUACUUCAGUUACUGUUCUAUAGUGGUGAAGAGACACAUGACCAAGACGAUGUAUAAAAGAAAGCAUUUAAUUGGGGGCUUGCUUACAGUCUCAGAGGGUUAGAGUCCAUGACCAUGGUAGGGAGUGUGGCAGCAGGCAGGCAGGGGUGGUGCAGGAAUAGUAGCUGAGAGCUUACAUCUGGUCUGGGGGGGGCGGGGAGAAAAGAGAGAGAGAGAGAGAGAGAGAGAGAGAGAGAGAGAGAGAGAGAGACUGGGCCUGACAUGGGCUUUUGAAACAUCAAAGCCUACCCCCAGUGACACACCUCCUCCAACUUGGCCACACCUCCCAAUCCUUCCUAAAUAGUUCUACCAACUGGGAACCAGACAUUGAAAUAUAUGAACCUGUGGUGGCCAUUCUCAUUCAAACCACCACAGAUAGGAAGGGACGGGGACAAGGUAUUCAAUGACUUUCUCCCUUUGAGCAGCCCCACUUCAUAGCAAUUAUAUCAUAUCAUGAAUCCGUGUGGCAAUUAGUCCAUCAGUUAGGUCAGUGUCCUCAGAAUUCUGUCACUUCUGAGCCUUGCGGGGACCAUUCAGACACAAACCAUAAUAGAUCACCAACCAUUGCAUUCUGACUUUCAUCGCUGUGUUCAGGGUGUGACUGUCACUCCACUUUCUGUGCAGGAUGCUCCUUUUUUAGGUCUUUAUUGCUUUUAGAAAUUUUACUGGGUUGAAGAGAUGGCUAGGUGGCUAGGAGCACUUGCUGUUCCUGCAGAGGGCCUGAAUUGAGCUCCCAGCACCCACACAAUGGUUUAACUUACCUUAACUCCAACUCUAUAGAAUAUGACACCCUCUUCUGGCUUCUGCAGGCACCAGCCACACAUGCGGUACACAUACAUACAUAUAGGCAAAACUCUCAUGUACAUAAAAGAAAAAUAAAUCUUAAAAUAAAAAGCCAACUUA